AAGGCCCCAGAAACUGACUUAAACACAGUACCCUCGUGCUGUGAGGCAACAGAGAGUUGCUUUUACUCUCCUGAGAGUUGUGCCAAUUAAGCCAAAUGAGAAGCAGCUGCUCUGUUUGUCAGAGUCCUCCGUAUCCAAAGAUGAUGAUCCACAGCACACACUGCAUUUUGGUGACAUUUGUUUUGUUAGCACUGCUUCUUUUCAAAUGUCAAGCCCAUGCUGCUUCAAAACUAUUUGAAGCAGCAGUUUCUAACACUAUGAAUAAUGAUACAUCGAUUUGCCACGAUGGGUUCAUGUCUGUUUACAUAUCAAAGGUGCAAUUUGCUGGUCUUCCUUUCACCAUUUAUGUUCAAGAUGAUCACAGCGGAUAUUACCAAGCUAUCGCUAUAGCAAAACAGUGCCACUACUUUCUUGGAGGAAAUGACACCUUUAUUUUCCUAACAGUUGCUUCCCAAGGAUGUUUUGUGAGAAGACAAAAAUACACGACAAAUCUGACUGUUGUCAUCAUGGCACUUGCAGACAGGGGAAGAGUUGAAAUUGUCAAGUCAAUACCUCUCAUCUGUGAAAGAAAAAUGAAAGAGGUGAACAGAAAUGAUGAUCCACUGAUAUCUAGAAUUCUUUUCUGCAACAAGGAUGGGUUCAACAUUACCAUCCCUCAGAAUGCCACAGUUCCACCUCUGAACCUGGAUGCAGUCUGGAUCCCUUCCAGCCAAAGCCACAACUGUAAACCCAAAAAACGAUCCAAAGAUGCCAUCACUUUCAGCUUUCCAUUUACUGAUUGUGGCACUCAGUCUGUGAUAGCAGAUGGGAGUAUAACUUACUGGGUCAACAUUGAGGUGAAACAACAUAUGCGGAAAGGCUCUAUAUUUCGUGACACUCCUUUCCAUUGUACUGUGCAUUGUAGCUUUGCGCUAGCACAAAUUACUCAACUGGGCAUCGAGGUUCAGGGAGAAAAAUCUGAGUACAUGUCAACACUGAAGAGCGAGGGAAUACUGAGGACUGAAAUGAGGUUUGCCAAAGACUCCAAUUACAAGUCAUUCUAUUCCUCUCGAGAUCCUCCACCAGUAACUGAGCUUGGCCAGCCUGUGUAUGUGGAGGUGUUUGUUCUCAAACAUGAGAACAAGGAUUUGGUGCUGCUGCUGGAAGACUGCUGGGCGACACCGACUAAAAACCCACAUGACCCACAAAGAUGGAACCUGCUUGUUAAAGGGUGGAUUCACAUGAAAUUACCAGACAUUUUACCAUGGUUUUAUUAUCCAAAAAUUGUCCCCAGUAAGGAGCUGAAAUACCCAACUCUUCAUAAAUGGUUUGUGGUCAAGCUGUUCUCAUUUGUGAAGCCCCCAACAAAUGAAAACCUGGUAUAUUUCCACUGUGAUAUAGAGAUUUGUAAAGGACCAGCUUGCUUACAGUCCUGCAGCAAUAGAAGGCGUAAAUUAAGACGAAGCACGCCAGGACAGAGCAUUCUUUACAGUGUAAUCUCUGGUGGACCUCUUUAUCUACUCUAAAUAACCAAGUUAUAUUUGGAAGCACAACUGAGAAAGGUUCCGUCAAUAACUGUCAAUGAUUUGUAAUGAAAAUAAAUCUAGUCCUUUU